AUGCCCCCCCAUCUCGACACUGUUAGCAUAAGCCUGCACCCCGCCCGCGUGUUUGCCAGCUCCAACACAAAGGGCAACGGGCGGAAACCCCGCAAGGCGGGCUCUUCCAGCGUGGCAGUGGCAGACGUCGCAACCCCCCUGACCACCUCCCGCACCCCCGAGAUCGAGGUCGACAGCGUGCUGGAGCAGGAGCUGAGCAGCAAUGGCUUCCGCUCCACACGGCGCACCAAGCUGAUCGCCACCAUCGGCCCGGCCUGCGAGUCCAAGGAGAUGCUGGACGCCAUGGCCAGCAACGGCAUGAACGUGGCCCGGCUGAACAUGUCCCACGGCUCGCACGCCUGGCACGCGGAGAUCAUUUCCCACAUUCGCGCCCUGAACAAGGAGAAGGGCUACUCCGUGGCCAUCAUGAUGGACACGCAGGGUAGCGAGGUGCACAUCAUGGAGAUGGCCGCCCCGCUCAAGGCUGAGACGGGGCAGGAGCUGGUGUUCACCGUGCGCGACCCGGCCGCCAGCCUGGGCGACGACGCCGCCAUCGCCGUGUCCUACGACGCCUUUGCCGAGGACGUGCAGGUGGGCGACGAGAUUGUGAUCGACGGCGGCAUGGUGUCCCUGGAGGUGGAGGGCAAGGCCGGCCCCGAUGUGUACUGCCGCGUGGUGGACCCCGGCCUGGUGCUGUCCCGCGCCAACCUGACCUUCCGCCGCGGUGGCCGGCCCGUGCGCGCCAAGAACGCCAUGCUCCCCGUCCUCUCCGCCAAGGACUGGGUUGAUGUGGACUUUGCGGUGCAGCAGGGCGUGGACUUCAUCGCGGUGUCCUUUGUCAAGUCGGCGGAUGUGAUCAACAACCUCAAGUCCUACAUCCAGAGCCGUUCGGCGCGCGACAUCGACGUCAUCGCCAAGGUGGAGUCCCCCGACUCCAUCCCCAACCUGGCCGAAAUCGUGGACGCGGCCGACGGCGUCAUGGUCGCGCGCGGCGACCUGGGCGCCCAGAUCCGCCUGGAGGACGUGCCCUCCGUGCAGAAAGAGGUGGUCCUGCGCUGCCGGCAGGCGGGCAAGCCGGUAAUCGUGGCCUCCCACCUGCUCCAGUCCAUGCACGAGCUGCCCACGCCCACGCGCGCCGAGGUGAGCGACAUCGCCGACGUGGUGCGCCAGCGCGCCGACGCGCUGAUGCUGUCGGGCGAGUCCGCGGCGGGGCUGUUCCCGCAAAAGGCGCUGGAGGUGCUGCGCAUCGUGGCCGCGCGCAUCGAGGGCUGGUGCCGGGAGGAGGGGUCGGGUGCCAUUGCGCUGCCGCGCAUCGCGGGGUCCCUGGACGCGCGCAUCGGGGAGGAGGUCUGCGCCUCGGCCGCCUCCAUGGCCGACAACCUGGGCGCCGCCGCCAUCUUCGUGUUCACGCGCCGCGGCGUCAACGCCUCCUGGCUGUCGCGCUACCGCCCCGACUGCCCCAUCUUCGCCUUCACCGACAGCCAGGAGGUGAGGCAGCGCCUGAACCUGCGCUGGGGCGUCAUCCCUUUCCUCGUCCGCUUCGAGGACGAUCCGGAGACCAACGUGACGCGCACCUUUGAGCUGCUCAAGCGCCGCAACCUGGUGGCCGCCAAGGACCUGGUGGUGGUGGUGUCCGACAUCCAGCGCACCAGCCAGCAGCACCGCUCCGUGCAGGUCCGCCACGUCUCCUGA